CCCAAAUAUGCAAUCCCCUUCAAACUUUUGGAGCGUGAUGAGAUACAACUAGAAAUAGUCCGUUAACUUCUACCAUUCAUUUCAAAAUUUUCGUCUCCCUCCUCUUUUACCUCCUCCCCGCUUGCCUGCUCCACUCUGUAUCACGGCACACCGACGCGGCGGCGAGAGGAGGCGGAGAUGUCGAUAGUCAAAGUACCGGGUUCUCCAAACCACGAGCUGGAAGAAGAGGUUAAACAAAUGGCCGCCAAACUUGCAGACCUCCGGGCCACGGUUCUGGAUCAGCUCAAGGCCACUCGAGCUUCUCUUCUUGCUGCUAACGAACCCGUUCAAGAUAUGCAUUUCGAUUUCGGAUCCCGACACCUACCCGGACCCUCACGCCUACCUGGCUCUGAUUUAGUAGCUGUUGGUUCAAACGAGGGUCCUUCAACGGGAGAAGAGCAGGAUGAGGCUGUUGAGCAAACACAGCUCCUGAAACAGAAGUAUCUGAGAAAUGCAGAAUUAGCAUCAGAUUUGUUAAAGAGGUUGAAGGAAGUGAUGGAAUUUAUGGGAAGGAUUGAUAAAUUAGGGUCUCAUCGUCCAGUUAUCCAUCCUGCUUUUAAAAGAAAAAGGAGCAGCUGAUCAGAGUUGCUAUAUUGUAUGGUAUGGUACUAUAGUCGAUGCAUUCGAGCCAAGCUGUUAGGGUAAGGGGUUGGCUGAUUGAUCUAUAUUUGUGUUCAGCUUGUUGUAAUUACAUAGGAAGAACGUGUAUUAUAUAAGCAAUUAGUCAGUCAUUGACAAUAGGGGUGUUAGCCGAGAAGAAUGUACUGCAAAUUUUGUAAGCUUUGUCAAUCCGUUUUUUAUUUUAUAUAUUAUCAUCACUAUUACUCCCUAUAUUUUUUGAAGCAACGAGGAACACAACCGUUGUAUUCAGUGUAGUUGAUUUUUUUUUUUCUAUAUGGAUAUUUGUCAAACGUAAA